AUGAGUACCUGUAUUCGAACUUUACAACUAUUUCUGUUAGCCACGACACUGGCGUCCAGUGUGUGCGAAGAAAUCAAUAAGGCCACACGUGCAAUCGAACUUUCCAAAUGGCUGAACGAACAAGAGGGCUACGAAUUCAAUUCCAAGCAAGAGAUCCGACCGAUUGAAUCUACAAUCCCUUCACCGAACGCUGGUAUUUUUGCCACACACGACAUCCAAGAGGGAGAAAUCCUCGCCCGCAUUCCAUGGAACCUCAUCGUAGGACCAGUCGACGGUGAUCGACUCAGAGAUGCAGAGAACGAAGAGUUUGAAGAAGAGGGGCCAUCCGAGGCCUCCUGCAGUGCUUUCCGCAAUUUGUAUGGCGAGAUGCAAAAAGGGUCUUCCUCCAUGGUCUCUCCAUACAUUGAUUACCUCUUUGCUACCAAAGCUACCUUGCCGUAUUCCUUUUCCGAAAAUGGAAAGCAUCUUCUUUUAGAUAUUUUGACGAACUCUCACGAUGAAGACGAUGUUCCGCUUCUGGAGAAAUUAGACCCUCCGUUCCUAUUGGAGGCAACCGCAUGUGAUGAAGAAGCCAUUACUACGGAGGGUCACCUGGCAGCUGAGUUGAUAGUUCAAUUUGCGUUUCAGUCCAAAAUGAUUCCUAUCUAUGACCUAUACACACAUCGAAAUGGCAAAUGGCUGAACACAGAGACCGAGACUGUCCCAGGAGAAUACUUCAAGGUCAAGGCACUUCGUGAUAUUAGUGCUGGCGAACAAAUUCACAGCAGCUACAACGAUUGUAAGGAGUGCCCAAACAACCUCGGUCAUUAUAGUGUUCCAGAUAUCUUUCGUGACCAUGGCUUCCUUGAACCCUACCCGCAGCGCUGGAGUAUCCCUGGUGAAAGUGCCCACAUUGAAUACACACGUGAUGACACUGGUGUCAUUGAUGAGCCUAAUUUCGUUUACGACUUUGAAACCGACCUUGUUGUUCACGACGAUGGCAAAUGGUACUGGCGCUUCUCCGAAAAGAACCAGCUUGUCUUUUUGGACCACGACGAGGAGGGAGAAGCGAUUGUCAUGUGGGACAUGUCGAAUGAUUUGGUCUUAGACGAACUGAAGGAUUCUUGGCCAAGUUACCGAGAGGAACUGCGAAGAAUAUCGCGCAUCCGCAACAUUGAAUGGGACAAAGCACCAGAGACCUACAAUAUCACACAAGAAGAAUGGGAAACGAUCUGGGCAUUCCACGAAACCUACUCCAACAUCCUUGAGUCAGCCUUGGAUUUCAUUGAAGACCACUCCGGGCUUUCGACUGACCAUCAUGGUCAUUAUGAUGACUUGACUCACGAGGGCGAUGGAAUUACAUACAACGAAUUGGAUUGCCCAAGCUCCGAGUUGAUUGACUUCAUGGACUAUGACUUGUAUGAAGAGAAGAGCUCCAACUACCAAGUCAUGAAGUGGCAAACUCGUGAAGAGGACGACGACAUGUGCUUGCACCUGGAUGAUAUGCUGCAAAUAUGUACCAGCUACCGCCCACACUACCACGAAUACUUUGUUCACUUUCCAGCCCAAUACAUUGAAAAGGUGGAGCGAGUCAUGUUCCUAGGAAGUGGUGACGCUAUGCUUUUGCACGAAAUCUUGAAGUACCCAGACCUGAAGAAGGUCGUCGGCCUUGAGCUUGACCAAGAUAUCACUCGAACCAGUUUUCAAUACUUCCAGACUCAACCCCACUACGAUGACCCACGCGUUGAAUGGUGGUACGGUGAUGCCACAAAGACGCUACCAUUGCUUACCAAGGAAUACUGGGGAUCCUUCGAUUUGGUUCUGGUCGAUCUGUCCGAGACUGUCGUUUCAUUGGAUGUCACUGGAAAGCAUGAUAUCUUGGAUGUCUUGGAGAACCUUCUAAAGCCCGAUGGUGUCCUUUUGGAGAACGAACUCUACAUUGACCGAUUCACUUCCCACUUUGACCACACAAUUCAUAUCUUUUACGGAUCACCCAAGGUGUGCACCCAAGUUCUGACAUUAGCUAGUAACAAUGUUGACUUCCUCCAUCAUCCAAUCAAGGAUCACGGAAUCGACAGCUAUUUGACCAAGACUCCAGAAGAGGACGACGAACGAUUCAUGUACAUUCACGACUACCUCAAGUCCUAUGCUCCUGAUGACGUAUGUUCCGCAACAGAGAAUGAAGGUGUUGUUCAAGGUCGAACCGCUGGUGUCAUGGAGAUUGUCAACUUUGAGAAUAUCGAGUCGUUCCCUGGCGAAGAUUUGGAACAGAGCCUUAUCUCGAUGAUGGAAUUGAAUGGAUUCAAGCCACUCUCCAAGCCAGCAGCAUCCGUUCAAGGCCAUGUUUUUGUUGUAAUGGAGGAAGGCUACCUUUCUGUUAGAUGCUGGGAAGACAAACUCUACUGUGCUGCCGACAUCAACCUGUGGGGAGCCUUUUCCAAACGUGAAACCGUAAGAGAAUUGCUUCGCAGCGCCUUGCAAAGUAAGACCGUCUCGGACUAUCGAGUAGUAGUUGGUGGAAUGUACGGAUCCAAGACUUUGGAAAUGGACCAGAAAGAAAUUGGAGUCCGCUUCUCCCAAAACCAAAACUGCGAUGCCAGACGUGGAAACAUGGAAACCGAGAUCGACUCGGAAACCAUGAGAGUUCUAACACAAGAGACUGCCCGCAUAAUGGAAGGAAGAACCGACUUGACUGCCAUUGUGGUAUGUGGCUUUGAGGACGAGGAAGAGUGCGAAGCAUCUAAGGUUCUACAAUCGGAUGAUACUAAUCAUUUCAGCAAGGUUUGGACUAUCUGGGCUUGUCCCGAACUAAAAACUGACGAAGAUGAAGUGGAGGAAGAAGCCAUGUUUGCCUGUGAAAAGAACAUCAUUGCCCAACAUGACGAAUCCAACUCUUCUGCGUUUGAUAUGCUGGUCUUUGACGAAACCGCAACCUACGAAAUGAUGCAAAUCUUCAGCAGCAUCUUUUCGGAUUCUCAUGAGCACGAGAACUUUUUGCACCCAAAUCACAUUCUGGCGUCAUCCUUUGACAAGUCUUCUAAAUUCAAGGGACGAUUUGUGGCAGAACGUUACCGUUCCAUUCCAGACACUAUUGUUUCUGUUUCCACCAUUAUGAUCCGAGGAAAGGGAGGCGACGAAUUGGGAUGGAUGGUUGCCUAUGCUGCCGAAGACUAUUCCUUCUUGAAGCUUUCCAAGUUGGAAGAGCGAUUGCAGGCGAGACUUCCUGGACUAGACUUGGAGAUUCAAGGCAUUGUCGGUGGAGAGCAACAUGUUCAGAAAGAUUUGGCUCCCCAAAACAUGACCUUCACCAAGGCAGACUACCCCACCUUGCCCAACGAAAUUCAAAAUCAAGAACAGGAGCCUUUGGGACGCCAGAGUGUUGUCCAAAUGCAAUGGAGCGACAAGCAAGCUUCUACGGAGAAGGUCGUGGAAUACUUGACAGCUACGUUGAAAGAAAUGCAUUACAAGCCAGUUCGAUUUGAGACCUACGAAGAUGUUGGUGAAGGCUGUGUCGUCGCUGCCUCGUAUGCCAAAGGCAGUGCCAUUAUGGUGUUUGAUGGCCGCCAACAAUUGGUGCUCAAUCUUUUCUCCUUUAGUCAAAGCAAGAAACGUGCCAACAAGUUUGUCAAGACUUUGGAGACUCUAUCCGAUGGCAAACUGAAGGUGGCCUUGCGAGACGAACAACCUCGGGGAGUUGGGCGUGUCGUCAACUUUGAGAAGGAUAUCUAUUCUCAAGUUGCAGAGAUGGAGUAA